CAAGAGUUGGCACGAGGAGUCCACCACCGCGACUCGAGCCGGACUGUAUUUCCCGUACUGGUCGUGACAAUCGCCAUCACGCGCGAUAUCAAAACGAUACAACUCCAUUUUUCCGCGAGAUUAUUUUUAACUCCAAGUGUUUUGUAACGGAAGAGAGUAAUCGGCCGGUUUCGCUGGAGAAGUCGAUUUUUUUGUGGUUUUUUGUGAUCAGUUGAUGCCUCUGGAGACCCAACAACGGAUUCUUGGGGUAGGACCCACAGAUUCAAUCAUCAAUCACGUCUCAUUCUCUCCCCUUCAGGCUGGGACGUUAGAGAUCAACGAGUCGAGUGAUGAGUUAAACCGAGACAUCCGCAGACAAUCCUGAGCGAAUCGAAACGAUGUGCAUGAUAAUUGAGUUGAAAAUAUUCAGUGAUGCCUGCGAAGUGAAGUCACAAGUGUCUAACGUAAUACAAGGAUGAGGGAGACCGAUGAACCACGCGGCUCAUUGAGCGUGAUAUUGAUUAAUUGUUAUCGCGGGUAUACCGCGUGGACAUCGGCGACAGAUUCUUAACAGCGCUGGAAGGAAACCCCGGGCGAGCCAUGGGGAAUGGUAUGAACAAGGUGUUGCCGGGCCUCUACGUAGGCAACUACCGAGACAGUAAGGACGAGGCCCAAUUGAAGGAAUUCGAAAUAACCCACAUAUUGGCCAUCCACGAUGCAGCCCGUCGUCUUCAUUCCGAUAAACACUACUUGUGCAUUCUGGCAGCUGAUACUCCCGAUCAGAAUUUGACCCAAUACUUUCCCCUCUGCAAUGACUUUAUCCAUGCAGCACGACUCCGGGGUGGAAACGUCCUCAUACACUGCUUGGCUGGAAUGUCUAGGAGCGUGACAGUUGCGGUGGCCUAUAUCAUGAGCAUCACGAAUCUCUCGUGGAAAGAGGCACUCAAGGUAGUUAGAGUAGGUCGGACUGUUGCUAAUCCAAAUGUUGGAUUUCAACAGCAAUUGCAGGACUUUGAGGCUACUCGUUUGCAGGAGGAACGUAAGAGACUCAAAGAACGUUUUCCCUCGCUCGCUUUAACUGCAUCCGAUGCAGAAGCUUGUAGAGCCACUCUCCGGAAUUACGAGACUCUGGCACUUGCGCGCGAGGUUUGCGAGGGAAAAUGCGCAAUGGGAAGGCAGUGCCCCACUGGCUUGUGUCGGCAGCCCUCAAAAAGACAAUUGAGGAGAAAAUCAUCGACGAGUAGUACGGGUAGCUCGGGCUCUGGUCGCACACCCCCGCAGACCCCUCGUCUUUUACCGUCCGCCCCACCCUCACCAGCAAUGCCAAGGUCAUCUAGUGUUGUUUCGGCUAUUAGGCCGAGAAGUGGACCUGCUGGAUUUAACAGUUACACGGGCUCUGCGCCAUCCUCACGAGCGGUGUCGAGGGUGGAUUUAUCCGCGGCAGUUGCUUGCAGUAGCAGUAGCAGUAUGAGUCUCAACACAGUAGGACGAUCUGGAGCAGUGGGAAGUACCUGGCGGGUCAUGGCCGGCUCGGCACCGGCAACCCCCAGGACAACUCCACCAGCGUCACCCCAGCACUGGCCACGACGCACCUCCCGACAGACCCCCCAGCUACCGGCGCAACCUGAAUCCAGCUCCUCGAUGUCAUAGCACUAUGACAGCUUCGGAAAUUAUUUUUCGUAGAUUUUCCUUCAGGUUCGCUUUAAUUUCUCAAAGAUUUAUCGACAAUCGAUGAAACAUCAAAUUCAAGUCAAUUGAUUUUUCUUUAAGGGGAGACUACUAUAAAUUUCAAAAGUCGCGAGAGAUUUCUCAGACGUUCUCAUAAGAUCGAUUAUAAAUGGCUAGAACAGAGAUCGGCAGGAAAAUAAUUUCCAUUAUUAAUAUUUCAUUACCAUGUCAAUGGUUAAUUUAAAAAAUUGAAUUAUGAUUUUUUUCGUAAUGAAUAAUAAUACCAAAUGUAGUUUUCAUUGCGAUAGUAAUGAGAAAUGAAAGUGAAAGCAGAAACAAAUAAUUUAUCAAUCAAUAAUGGUACAAAAUUUAUUUCUUCGCACUAAUUAUUCACUUUUAGAGAUAUAUAAUCGAUCUUCAAUGUAUGAGAAAUCGUUCGCGACUUUUAAAACUCAUAGUAUUCUCCCCUUAAUUCCAUGCUAUUUGGGGAUAUCCAAGGACUUUUGCUGUUUUUUGCCGCAGAAUAGAAACUUUCUAAAAUUUGUAAAAACAAAUUUGAAUUUUGUUUUGUUUUUUGCGUUAUACGAGAUCGGUCGCGCGUGCUACGCACGCGCCUUCUCAUCUCUUAUCUCACAAAAGAUGCAGAAACUAAACAAAGCCCGCUACCAGCGUUACCACUAGCAUAACUACAGCCAUAAGAAUAAUAAUCGACGAAUUAAUUUGUAAAAAAAACCGAAAAAAUUGCUUUUUAAUAUAAGACCGUCCAAAUGAUUGUUGGUUCAUUGAAUGACAGCAUUAGAAGCAAUACCGCCAAGUUGUUAUGCCCGAAUACCAGAUAAACUAAACAUAAAGAGGGUUUGUAGAAAUUUUAUAACUGUUGAAGAAGAAGAAACUGUACAUACGACUAAUGACUAAGUUCCCCGCUAGACUAUUAUUGCGCUAUAGCACUCGGCACAAUGCGUUGAACAAAUCGCGAAGAAAUCGAUGGUUAUUGCCAUUAAAAAUGGGCAUUUACUCGGAGAAAUGGUGGAUUUGAAUGAAUUAAACAUAGCUAUUCGAAUUUUUUUCAAUUUGCUUCAGCAAAAUUUCAACUGGAAAGCAAUAAACUCGUAUUUAUUUCGAAAAUAUAAUUACGAAUGAUCCAUUCACUCCAAAUAAAUUUAUUUCAUUUGAAUAAAUCAUUUUUCCGGGUGCAUUCAUCGAAAUGAAAGAGAAUUACGUAUCUGCGACACGAUUAUAAUCUCAAGCACCCUUAAUUACCAUCAUUUCACGCACGAAAAAAUUU